UGCACUGCCUCAGCCCCUCCCUUCUCUCUCACUCUAUUUUUAACGUUUUGCUUAAAAUGUGGGGGUUUUUCUUUUUUGGGCAAGUCCAGAGUUGACAAAGUAAAAGACCUUAUUAAAUUUUUACGAAUAGUGGAUCAUAUCUGAAGCAUGUGACAGAAUUUCUCAUCGAUUUCUUCUUUUUCUCUCCUCAAUCGAUCUUAAUUUGCUGCUUUUCCUUGCAAGCUAACGUACACCAGAAGAAUGGACGCAACCCACCGCGUGGUUUGUCGUGAUGAUUUGUUCAACCCUCUCACCUCAAUGGGCUUGCAAUUGUCUUGCAUUCUUGUCAUCUCCCACUUCUUUCACCUCGUGCUCAAGGCCUUGGGUCAGCCCGGACCCAUUGCUCAAAUUUUUGCUGGAAUGGUGCUGGGUCCCUCAGCGUUGUCAAAUUUAAAAUCAGUGAAAGGAUUCUUUUUCCAAACAACUGCUGCAGAUUUCUACCAAGUUUUUGGUCUGUUUUGCCGCAUCAUAUUCAUGUUCCUGAUUGGGCUGGAGACAGACAUUCCUUACGUGAGGCGCAACUUUCGUUUGGCGAGCACCAUUGCAUACAGUGGUGCUUUAAUGGGCUCCAUCUUCGGGCUGGGAGCUUCCUUCUUUCUGCAGCAUCAGUUAGAAGAGGACGAUCAUUUCAAGUCAACAUUCGUGUGUGUCAUGAUGUUAAUCCUAGCGUACACAGCCUCUCCGGUUGUGAUUCGUUUGGCAGCAGAGCUAAAAUUCGAUACUUCAGACGUGGGUCGAUUAGCAAUAGCUUCUUCACUCAUAGCUGAGAUGUCAUGCUUGCUGCUUUUCAAUUUCAUGCUUGCUUGCCAUUCGGGGAAGCUGUUCAAAUAUGGGUUUUACUGCUUGUUCCUUAGCGUGUUCGUCAUAGUUACGAACAAGUACUUAUCUAACUGGUUCAACAAACGGAACCUUAACCAAAAGUACUUGAAAAAUCCUGAGGUGUUUGUUAUCCUGUCACUUGUUAUAGGCAGCGCAAUGUUUAUGGAAUGGGCCAAUUAUAAUAGCAUAAUAAAUUGUUUUGUCGUUGGCCUGAUGUUCCCUAGGGAAGGAAAAACUGCUCGGACAAUGUUACAUAAACUCACUUAUUCAGUUCACAACUUCGUACUUCCCAUUUACUUCGGCUACAUUGGCUUCCAAUUUAAUGGAGUAUGGCUGAAUAAUUGGAGGAAUGUUCUCAUUGUUCUCAUCCUGGUCUUGUUGAGCAUUGGCAGCAAGCUUUGUGGCACGCUUGCUGCUUGCCGGUACUUAAAGAUUCCACUGAAUGAGGGGGUUCUUCUCGGAUUCUUAUUGAACCUCAAAGGCCAUGCUGAUCUUCUCUUCAUAGGCUCUGCCUCAAAGUUGCUUAUUGUAUGGAGUCCAAAAGCUUUCAACUUGUUGCUAAUAUCAAUAGUGCUCAACACAAUAAUUUCGGGGCCGGUGGUGGCUUUCCUAAUGAGAAGAGAAGAAAGAUUGUUUGGAAACAUGCGGACAGCACUUGAAAUCCAAGACCCAGACGAAGAGCUUAGGUUGCUGGCAUGUGUUUAUGGACCUCGUCAGGCACCGGCCAUACUUGGACUCAUAUCAGCAUUAAGCGGCUCUCAGACAGCACCCACCACGCCUUAUUUGAUGCACCUAAUAGAGCUACUCAAAAAACGCAGGACCAAACUAUCCUACCAUGAACUAGAACAAGAUGAGCUUAGCGACGAGGAAGACUAUGGCGGAAAUGAUGUGGUGGGAAUCCAUGAAGCUGUCGAUGCUUUUACUGCUGAGACAAAAAUUUUUAUGCAUGCCGGGAAAGCAGUAUCAUCCUUUGCAACCUUAUAUGAGGAUGUGAGUAUCAUCGCCGAGGACUUGCGAGUAUCCAUUAUUCUUCUCCCUUUUCACAAGCACCAACGAAUUGAUGGGAAAAUGGAUAGUGGGAAGGAGGGUAUUCGGACUACAAACCAAAAGGUUCUUCGCCAUGCUCCAUGCUCAGUUGGCAUCAUCGUGAGCAGAGGAAUCGAAGGGGUCCCCGGGUUCUCACAACAACUUGGCUUUGAAUGUAUACAACAGGUUGCAACUCUUUUCUUUGGUGGUCCUGACGAUCGCGAGGCCGUGGCAUGGAGUAGACGCAUUGCUGCUCAUCCUCGUGUAAAUUUGACUGUGAUUAGGUUCCAAUCAGCUUCAGCUUCAUCAUUAGCAUCAGCAUCAGCAUCAAGUGUACAGAAUUCCCAGACUGAUAAUGCAUCAGAUGAUGAUGACGGUAUGCUAAUGGCACUAUCAAGACUGGAGACCGGGAAUGGCAGGAAUGAAGUUGACAAUACUUACCUGUCUGACUUCUACAACAGGUAUGUGACGUCGGGUCAAGUUGGGUAUGUGGAGAAGAAUGUGAACAGUGCGGCAGAGACGGCGGCAGCUUUGAGAAGCAUUGGAGACAAGUACUCGUUGUUCAUAGUAGGGAAAGGUGGGCGAGGGCACUCACCAUUGACAACCGGUAUUUGUGACUGGGAGGAGUGUCCUGAGCUUGGAACGGUUGGAGAUCUCUUGGCUUCCUCAGACAUCAAUGUCAAUGGCUCAAUUUUGAUUAUUCAGCAACAUAGGCAGUUAAAGAAAGAUCUUAUGGGUGAUUAAUUACUAGAUUGUAAUGGUAUCCUUAAUCCUUAU